AUGAAGGAGCGAAUGUGAGGAAGACAAUGAAAGCGAAGGGAACAUUGCCAGAGGCUCCACCCUUCUGGACGUGUGAAGGACGGAUGCAUUGAAAUGUCUGGUGUGUGUAUGUGUCUGUGUGAAUUGUGCGUGCGUGUGUGUGUGUGUCAAUGUUCUAUCAUGGAACCUUAGGCGGAUUAGCAGACAUUAUAGAUCCCCAGAUACUGUCGGAAACACACACAUGCACACACACCACACACACACACACACACACACACACACCACACCACACACACACACUUCCAUAGUUAAAGCUGAGUCUUGCCCCUGAGGACGGACCUGCCCUGCAUGUUAAGAGUGUCUGUAGCAAACAGUCUGAAGGACAAACACUCUCCUCUGGGGAUAUGUGUGUGUGUUGUGUGUGUGUGUGUGUGUUGCAGGCUUGGCUUCAUGGUGGGGUUUUGCAUUAGCUCCAAGUGAUAGAUAGAGUACUACUAACCAGCUACCUUCCACCUCAUCCCUGCCAAUAGAACAACACCACUCUGAGAUUACGGUCCUGAUGACUUUUAUCCUUGCCUUUUAACUAGGGCUGAUGUCUCCCUGGGAUAUCAUUGUGUGUGUUCUCCACCAUAAAGGGAUAGUUCACUCCAAAACUAUCAUAUGACACAAAAUGCAUCAUCAUCAACACAGUUUUUGCUCUGUACUGAAAGUGCUUGAAAACAUGCUGACAAAAAACAAGUUUCCGUGUGUGUGUGGGGGGUGUUUUGAAUGUUAUCGUUUGCUUACUUGGGGGUGGGUCAAGGAAAAGUGUGGGGUUUCGUGUGUUGUGUGUUUGUGUGUUGGGGGUGUGUGGUUGUGUUUUGUUUUGUGUUGGGGUGGUUUUUUGUGUGUUUGAGCCAAAGCUGACCUCACACACUAAACUGCAAACAAUCCAUAUCUUCGACCCCACAACACAGAAAUCAAACAAUCCAUAUCUUCAACCCCACAACACAGAAAUCAAAACCCAAACCAAAAUCUUCAACCCCCAAAAAACACAAAAUCAAACAAUCACUACCUUCAUUUUUCUCUUUUCUUUUUUUACGGAUCACUGGUUUUCUCUCUUUUGCCCCCGGUUUUAAAAGAUUUUCCCUUUGUCCCAAAAAGGGGCUCAGAAACCCCUUUACCACCUCUUUCUGUUUUUCUCUUUUCCCCCCUUCCUUUAGGAAAGGAUUUUUUACAAAGAUUUUUGAUUUCACCUUUUUGGGGCCCCCGUGCGGGAUUCAUUUGGAUUCCUUAUUGGGGCACCCCAACACACCACCACCCAACCCCCCCCCCGGACCCCCCCCCCCCCGACACCCCCCCCCCCGGCCCCCCCCGAAAAGGAAAAAGGGGCCCCCUUUUGGGGGAGAGGAAAGGGGUUUUUUUUUCCCCCUUCUUUUUUUCCCCCCCCUUCCCUUUCCCCCUUCCCCCCCUUUUUCCUUUUUCCCCUCUCUCUCCCCCCUCUCUCCUCUCUCUCUCUCCUCUCUCUCUCUCUCUCUCUCGGUACAAUAAGAAGCCAUUGAAGGCUGAAACAUUAAUAUUUUAACCUUGCUUAAAUAAAACAAUGCAUUUUUAAUGGUAAGCAAGCAUUGCAUCCAGUUCUUUUUUCAUUUUUUGAUGUACAGCACCAGUCAAAAGUUUGGACACACCUACUCAUUCAAGGGUUUUACUUUAUUUUCAGUAUUUUUUACAUUAUAGAAUAAUAGUGAAGACAUCAACACUAUGAAAUAACACAGAUGGAAUCAAGCCCAUAUGGGACUUAGAUAAUGAGAUCCUGAGGAUGGUAUUGCAGUGCACUGCAACUGUAGUUAAGUAUCAUGUAAACUGUAUAGAUGUUAAUACAAUAUAUGGAAUCAUGUAGUAACCAAAAAAGUGUUAAAAAAAUCUAAAUAUGUUUUAUAUUUGAGAUUCUUCAAAUAGCCAACCUUGAUGACAACUUUGCACACUCUUGGCAAUCUCUCAAUCAGCUUCAUGAGGUAGUUACCUGGAAUGCAUUUCAAUUAACAGGUGUGCCAUCUUAAAAGUAAAUUUGUUGAACUUCUUACCUACUUAAUUUGUUUGAGCCAAUCAGUUGUGUUUGACAAGGUGGGGGGGGGGGGGGGGGGGGGGGGUAUACAUAAGAUAACCCUAUUUGGUAAAAGACCAAGUCCAUAUUAAUGGCAAGAACAGCUCAAAUAAGCAAAGAGAAACGACAGUCCAUCAUUACUUUAAUACAUGAAGGUCAGUCAAUACGGAACAUUUCAAGAACUUGAAAGUUUCUUCAAGUGCAGUCGCAAAAACCAUCAAGCGCUAUGAUGAAACUGGCUCUCAUGAGGACCACCACAGGAAUGCAAAGCUGUCAUCAAGGCAAAGGGUAGCUAUUUGAAGAAUCUCAUAUAUAAAAUAUAAUUUGAUUUUUUUAACACUUUUUUGGUUACUACAUGAUUCCAUAUAUUGUAUUAACAUCCAUACAGUUUACAUGAUACUUAACUACAGUUGCAGUGCACUGCAAUACCAUCCUCAGGAUCUCAUUAUCUAAGUCCCAUAUGGGCUCUGGUCAAAAGUAGUGCACUAUAUAGGGAAUAGGGUGCCAUUUGGAACACACACUAAGUCUUCACAUAAAGUAAAUAAAGCUCAAUAGACAGGGCAACUGAGUGUAGACUGUAAACAGAUUAAACAAUCCUCUUAAUCAGCUGAUCCACUAUAGGUCAGUUGUAUAGUUGUGUUAUCCAUAUCGGACUAGGGACAAGAGAUUACUUUCAAGAUCAAAGAUCAACAAACUGUGCUGACCUUUCUAGAUAGAGGUAGACAUACGACAGAGACUGCAUCCCAUUCCUUUAAUAGUGCACUACUUUUGACUAGACCCAUAGUGCUCUGGUCACAAGUAGUGCAUUACUAUAUAGGGAAUAGGGUUCCGUUUGGGAUGCGUACAUAGAACGGUUCAGAGAAUGGAGUCAGCAUGUUGGGUGGGACAGGUGAGAAGAUGUACAGAUGGAGGGAGGGAGUGUGAAAAUGGAACAGAGGAAAGAAGAGUCGAUUAAUGAUCUGUGACCCAGCGUAUUAGGGCCAGAGACCAAAGGCCGGAAAUGUUACUAACCCUCUAUUUCUGCCCCCCCCUUCCCUCUCCUCUCUCUCUCUCUCUCUCUCUCUCUCUCUCUCUCUCUCUCUCUCUCUCUCUCUCUCUCUCUGCAGGAAAUGGGUCCGUCCAGUAUGCCCUCUGUGCCCCUCAUGGUGGGCUGUGGGGUCUCCUGCAGCGCUCUGCUCAUCUUGUUGCUCAUCUAUGCUGCCUUCUGGAGGUGAGCAAACACACACACACACACACGCACACACACUUUCUCUCUCACACAAACACACACGCUUAUACGUAAACACACACAACCUCUCUCUCUUUCUAUCUUUUACAAACACACACGCACACACACUUUCUCUCUCUCCCACACACACACGCUUAUACGUACACACACACAACCUCUCUCUCUUUCUAUCUUUUACAAACACACACGCACACACACUUUCUCUCUCUCUCUCACAGACAAACACACAAAAACACACUCUGUCUCUCUCACACAAACUCUCUCACACACACACACACACACACACACACACACAAAAACACACACUUUCUCUCUCACAAACAACCACACAUCCCUGCAUGGGGCUACACCCCCGAGUCACUGCCAGUCUUCACAAGUCUAUUUCUGUUAGAGGAGACGUGUUUCUGCAGACUGCACACAUUCUUCGGCAGACUCUUACCAUGAGAGAUCAAGCGAGGGGGAGAAAAUCCCGGGUUGGCUCGACAGUGGAGCAGUCCACUCCAGAACUCCAAUUAGGCCUAAUGGAGAACAAACGGGAGAAGGCGCAGCCAGACUCUCAGACUGGGGGGAUUAACUGUGUGUGAGAGAGGCUGACAUCAGUGGUAGACAGAAAGAGUCGAGAGGAGAGACUGACCGAGAGAGAAGAGAGACGAGAGAAGGAGAUGACGAGAUAGGAUGGGAGAACGAGAGGGAGAGAGAUGGGAGAGAGAGAUGAGGGGAGAAGAGAGGAUCGAGAGAAGAGAGACUGAUGAGCAGAGGAGAGAGAGAGGAGAGAGGAGAGAGAGAGAGAGAGAGAGAGAGAGAGAGAGAGAGAGAGAGAGAUGAGAGAGAGAGAGAGGAGAGAGAGACGAGAGAGAGAGAGAGAGAGAGAGAGAGAGAGAGAGACUGACACCAGUAGUGUAACAGUAGGCUGAUCCAGAGCAGACGGCAGACAGGCAGAGUAAUCAAAUGACCAUGUUCAGGAAUUAAUCAGUCCAUCAGUUCUACUUCAUUGUUUCACAUCUGGUUCUCCCUCUUUCCUCCUUCCUUCUUUCUCUUCUUCCUGCUCUUCCUCCUUUCUGCCUGUCUUUCUCUUUGUCUCUCUCAGGUAUAUUCGUUCGGAGAGGUCUAUCAUCUUGGUGAAUUUCUGUCUUUCCAUCCUGGCCUCCAACAUGUUGAUACUGGUUGGACAGUCCCAGACACUCGGCAAGGUGAGAACAGGACACACGCACGCACACACACACACACACACUGGCCAUUAGUUCAGUUAUAGUCACGUUACAAAUGGUACGAUUGUUCAUCUAUUCUAGUACACUAUUUUUAAGAGCAUCAAUCAUGUGUCAAAACUCUCCUUUUUUAGGUAGAUUAUUUCUCACCUCUGUUCUGUCAUUGUUGAAGAACUGUUGUUGUUGUUUAUAACUUCUACCUUCCCACUCGUUUAUCUGUUUCUUCCUUCUGACACCUUCAUCAUUCUCUGUCACUCGGUCAACUAUCCCACCUGGAUGGUGGGGGGUGACCCAAAAACAAAAAAAACAAAGGGGAGAGAGAGAGAGGAGUAGUAGAGGAGAGAGAGGAGAGGGGAGAGAGAGACGACGGAGAGAGAGGAGGCACCCGGCGCUCUCGGGGAUUUCCUGCUUUUUGGCUCUCUCCUCGGACCCGCUUCUCUCCUCCUCUCUCUUCUCUCCUAUCUUCGCCUCUCAAUUCAAAUUCAAUUUAAGGGCUUUAUUGGCAGGGAAACUUUAUGUUAACUUUCCCAAAAGCAAGUCAAAUAGAUAGUAAACAAAAAGUGAAAAAACAAUAAAUAUUAACAGUAACAUUCCCACUCAGAAGAUUCAAAAGAAUAAAGAAUUCAAAUGUAUAUAUGUAAUAACAGUGUGUAACAAUUUUGCAAAUAGUUAAAGUACAAAUGGGAAAAUAAAUAAACAUAAAUAUAGGUUGUAUUUACAAUGGUGUUUGUUCUUCACUGGUUGCCCUUUUCUUGUGGCAACAGGUCACAAAUCUUGCAGCUGUGAUGGCACACUGUGGUUUUUCACCCAGUAGAUAAGGAAGUUUAUCAAAAUUGGGUUUGUUUUCGAAUUCUUUGUGGAUCGCUGUAAUCUGAGGGAAAUAUGUGUCUCUAAUAUGGUCAUACAUUUGGCAGGAGGUUAGGAAGUGCAGCUCAGUUUCCACCUCAUUUUGUGGGCAGUGUGCACAUAGCCUGUCUUCUCUUGAGAGCCAGGUCUGCCUACGGCAGCCUUUCUCAAUAGCAAGGCUAUGCUCACUGAGUCUGGACAUAGUCAAAGCUUUCCUUAAGUUUGGGUCAGUCACAGUGGUCAGGUAUUCUGCCACUGUGUACUCUCUGUUUAGGGCCCAAAUAGCAUUCUAGUUUGCUCUGUUUUUUUGUUUGUUCUUUCCAAUGUGUCAAGUAAUUCUCUUUUUUUUUCUCAUGAUUUGUUUGGGUCUAAUUGUGUUGUUGUUGUGUCUCUCUCUCUCUCUCUAUCUCUCUCUGUCUAUGUCUAUCUCACGUUGACUUCUCUCUCUCUAUCUCUCUCUCUCUAUCUCUCUCUCUCUCUCUCUCUCUCCUCUCUCUCUCUCUCUCUCUCUCUGUCUCUGUCUCUGUCUCUGUCUCUCUCUCUCUCUCUCGCUCUUUCUCUCUCUCUCUCUCUCUCUCUCUCUCUCUCUCUCUCUCUCUCUCUCUCUCUCUCUCUCUUUCUCUUUACAGGGCCUGUGUACUGUGACUGCUGCGUUCCUUCAUUUCUUCUUCUUGGCAUCGUUCUGCUGGGUACUGACGGAGGCGUGGCAGUCUUACCUGGCUGUGAUUGGCAAGAUGAGGACACGCCUCAUACGCAAACGCUUCCUGUGCCUGGGCUGGGGUAGGUACACACACACAGGCAUACACACACAUGCACGCACACACUCACGAACGUAAACACACAUAUAAACCCAUACAACAUAUCUCAACCAUACAGGGUCUCCAUACUGUAAUAAAGUUGAAAGUUCACAAUAACUUCCGUCUUCCCAUUCCACAUACAUUAAGUCGAGAAAUGAUUCUGAUCAUUUCAAAUCUGCUACCCUGUACAGUCAGUCUGUGUCCUGUUGAAUGCAUCUCCUGUACAACAACCUCAUGCCUUGCUAAAGGAGAUGACAGAGGAUAAGAAAUGCUAUAGGAUAACAUCUUGCCGACAGAGGCAAGAUCCAGGGAGAUAGAACCUAGCAAUUACAAGCAAUGGAAUCCCUGCUCCCAUUCAUCCUCUGCUCUUAUCCCUUAUCCAUCCACCUAUCUGGUCCAUUAAGUCACUGAUGCCUUUAGCGGAUAUAGGCUAGGUCCCAAAUGACACCCUAUUCCAUAUUUAGUACACUACUUUUGACCAGGGGGAAUAUGGAAUAGGGUGCCAUUUGGGAUUCAGCCAUAGCAAUGCUGGGAUGCAUGGAUGCUAUAAAAUCACAUAGAUUGAGAAGACAUGAAACGUGUAUUAAAGGGAAUGAGUGGAGGAGGGAGGGAAUGGAGGAGAGGGAGGAGAACAGCUUAUCAGGGAUACGUCCCUAGUAGUUGCAAUUUUCCCUCAAAACUGAUGGAAAUCAGUCACCAUGGUAACGGCAGAUUGUGCAGUGGAGGGAGGGAGUGUGUGUGGUGUGUGUUUGUGUUUGAAAAGGCAUCAUAUUUAUGUAACGUUAGCACCUCACCCACCCAGCCACACCACAUCUCUUUUUUUUGAUGUGGGAUUUUCUAAUUGCAUUUCAUUUGCUGGCAUUAUCACAGCUUUGUUAAUUACAUGAAUAUUUCAGAGUCAAGCUCAUUACGGACCCAACAUCUUUUUUUGACACACACUCACACACAGACACACACACUUUCUCUAUCUCACACACAAACACACUCGUACGCACAAACACACACACACACGAGGGAAAGCAUAAUUGAUAUACUUAAUUAAUACAUUACUUACUGACCCCACCUCCCUCCACUACACACUCAUAUACACACACACACACACACACACACACACACACACACACACACAAACAUGGACACACACUGGCUCAAGGUAGCAUAAUGCACCACAGACGAGAGUCCUCUUGUCGUAGAGUGAGAAGAAAACAGCAUCCACUGGAUAGGGAACCUACAGAGUACGCUAACCAAGGCUGCAUCACCCUUAGUAGUGAACUUUGAUCCAUACUAGGCCUACUUCUCCUGCCUCGGGCUAGUCCCUGGUAUAGCCCUAGAUACAUCCAUUAACUAAAAGAGAGUGAAGAGAGGAGGAAAAGUCCACAUUAUGUCAGUGUGUAUAUCAGUCUACAGUUGCACGUUACAUGUCCUCUGUAGCUCAGCUGGUAGAGCACGGCGCUUGUAACGCCAAGGUAGUGGGUUCGAUCCCCGGGACCACCCAUACACAAAAAUGUAUGCACGCAUGACUGUAAGUCGCUUUGGAUGAAAGCGUCUGCUAAAUGGCAUAUUAUUAUUAUUAUUAUAUUAUUAUUAAGUUACAUGUUGUUGCACUAACUGAAUUUCAAUGUUGUCGGAAAUAGCACAUUUUGUUGAUGUAUUGUCAAGGGGAUACAUCUCUCUCUUGGAGAGAUUUGGGAAUUCUCAGAGAGAGCCGAGAGCAACGCCCCCAGCAGCCUCCGCCGAGCAGCCGGCCGCGAGCACCCGCGCCCAGCAGCCGAGCAGCAGAGCAGCGCGCGCCCGCAGCACAGCGCCGCGAGAAGCAGCACGAGAAGCGAGCCCAGACGACACGAGCAGCGGCGCAGAAGCAGAGCCGAAAGAAGCGAGCCCACAGGAGACCCCGAGAGCGAGGGCACCAGCAGCAGCGAGAGCAGAGAGAGAAGAGAACACACAAAGCCAGCGAGACCCGAGCAAGAGAAGAGCGCGCCGUAGCAUCAUCAGCACACCAGAUGCUCUCGAAGCGAGCAUCCAACUGCCCAGAGACGAAUAGCAGACUCGCAGCCGAGAAUCGCACCAUAAGCAGCGCCUACUAUCAUCCCUCUAUCUAUGUAACGUGUAUUUAUAUAGUUAGCUCUUACUAUAUGUAGAUGUCUGCGCUCUAUUUCGGGCUCUCCAUUCCUCCUCUCCAACUCCUCGCCCACUCUAUCUCUAUCUCGCUCUCUCUCUCUCUCUCUCUCUACUCUCUCUCUCUCUCUCUCUCGCUUGAAUCACUUCAAUUCAAAGGGCUUUAUUGGCAUGAGAAACAUAUGUUUACAUUGACAAAGCAAGUGAAAUAGAUAAUACAUCUCUCUCUCUCUUUCUCUCUCUCUCUCUCUUUCUCUUUCAGGUCUCCCAGCCUUGGUGGUUGCUGUGUCAGUAGGUUUCACUAGAGCCAGAGGUUACGGUACACCCAGCUAGUGAGUACAAACUUUCACCUUUCACCCUUUGCCUAUGACCUGUGAUGUCUUCACUCCAUACCCAAUAUGGCUUUUCAUAAUUAGUGCUCUGUGUAUCUGAGUAUGGUCAUGUGAUUUGCAGUGCACUUUUCAAUGGUAACUGAGAUUUAUAAAUUAUUUAUAUAUACCUAUUGAUUCUUGAAGAAUAUAACUUACAAAUGCCCCAUUAGCUUAGUUCAACUGUCGUACCCCAUCAGAACCCAAAAUAUUAGGUUGUUUUUCUCCAAUGUUUGUAAACAAUGUAAAUGUAAACAAGCACUGUAUAACCUCAUAACAUGGUUAAAACUAUAAUUUUGAUAUCAUGGAUGGUCAGUCCUUGCAUCCAUAGCUCUGUCUAUGAACUUGAGAGUGGUUACAUUUAAAUUUGAGAGUGGUUACAUUUGAAUUCGAGAGUGGUUACAUUUAAAUUUGAGAGUGGUUACAUUUGAAUUUGAGAGUGGUUACAUUUGUAUUAAAGAGUGGUUACAUUUGAAUUAGAGAGUGGUUACAUUUGAAUUAGAGAGUGGUUACAUUUGAAUUUAAGAGUGGUUACAUUUGAAUUUAAGAGUAGUUACAUUUGAAUUUGAGAGUGGUUACGGACACACACACACACACACACACACACACACACACACACACACACACACACACACACCAAUAGACUGCAGUUGUAAACAUUUAACUCUUCACAUACAGUAUGUUGAAGAGCGAGUGAAGAGGUUUUUUACAGCACGAGCAGACGACCCUUCAUGACCUUUCAUUGGAUCUAGACCAAUGACUUGAACUCCACUAUACAAACACUCCCACAAGUUUCCAUUUACCAUUCACUGUAGAGACUCAAACAUCAAGGAUGUCAACAAAUGUUGUUUCGUCAUGUGAUUUGCAGUGCACGUUGGGUAAUAUGUACAGUGCCUUCAGAAAGUUUUCACAGCCCUUGACUUUUUCCACAUUUUGUUGUGUUACAGCCUGAAUUUAAAAAUGAUAUACACUGGCCUACACACACUACCCCAUAAUGUCAAAGUGGUAUUAUGUUUUUAGAUUUUUCUACAAAUUAAUACAAAAUGUAAAGCUGAUAUGUCUUGAGUCAAUAAAUAUUCAACCCCUUUGUUAUGGCAAGCCUAAAUAAGUUUAGUAAACAUUUGCUUAACAAGUCACAUAAGUUGCAUGGACUCAUUGUGCAAUAAUAGGGUUUAACAUGAUUUUUGAAUGACUACCCCAUCUCUGUACCCAGACAUACAAUUAUCUAUAAGGUAUUUCAGUCGAGCAGUGAAUUUCAAACCCUGAUUCAACCACAAAGAUCAGGGAGGUUUUCCAAUGCCUCGCAAACAAGGGCACCUAUUGCUAGAUGGGUAGAAAAAAUAUUUAAAAAAAUUGAAUAUCCCUUUGAGCAUGGUGAAGUUAUUAAUUACACGUUGGGUGGUGUAUGAAUACACCCAGUCACUACAAAGAUACAGGCGUCCUUCCUAACUCAGUUGCCAUAGAGGAAGGAAACCACUCAGGGAUUUCACCAUGAUGCCAAUGGUGACUUUAAAACAGUUACAGAGUUUAAUGGCUGUGAUAGGAGAAAACUGAGGCUGGAUCAACAACAUUGUAGUUACUCCACAAUACUAACCUAAAUGACAGAGUGAAAAGAAGGAAGCCUGAACAGAAUAAAACAUUUCAAAACAUGCAUCCUGUUUGCAGUAAGUCACUAAAGUAAAACUGCAAGAAAGUUGGCAAAGAAAUUCACUUUAUGUCCUGAAUACAAAGUGUUAUGUUUGGGGCGAAUCCAACACAACACAUCACUGAGUACCACUCUUCAUAUUUUCAAGUAUGGUGGUGGCUGCAUCAUGUUAUGGGUAUGCUUGUCAUCGGCAAGGACUAGGGAGUUUUUUUAGGAUAAAAAAUAAACGGAAUAGAGCUAAGCACAGGCAAAAUCCUAGAGGAAAAUCUGGUUCAGUCUGCUUUCCAACAGACACUGGGAGACAAAUUCCCCUUUCAGCAGGACAAUAACCUAAAACACAACGCCAAAUAUACACUGGAGUUGCUUACCAAAAUGACAUUGCAUUUUCCUGAGUGGCCUAGUUACAGUUUGGACUUAAAUCGACUUGAAAAUCUAUGGCAAGACUUGAAAAUGGCUGUCUAGCCAUGAUCAACAAUCAACUUGAGAGAGCUUGAAGAAUUUAGAAAAUAUUGUACAAUCCAGGUGUGCAAAUCUCUUAGAGACUUACCCAGAACGACUCUCAGCUGUAAUCACUGCCAAAGGUGAAUCUAACAUGUAUUGACUCAGGGGUGUGAAUACUUAUGUAAAUGAGAUAUUUCUGUAUUUCAUUUUUUAUACAUUUUCAAACAUUUCUAAAAACAUGUUUUGACUUUGCAUUAUGGGGUAUUGUGUGUAGAUAGGUGAGAAAAAAUCUAUUUAAUCUAUUUCGAAUUCAGGAUGUAACAAAACAAAAUGUGGAAUAAGUCAAAGGGUAUGAAUUUGAUCCCCUACAUAAAGUAAAUAUAGGUUUUAAUUGCCUGCUUUGGAAGUCUUAGGAACCCCUGAAGAAAAAUAGCAAAGUGGCUUCUCACACAUAGGGACUAGUCAUUUGGAAAAUGAAACACAGACAUUUUACAUUUUACAGAACAGGGCUUAUGUACUAAAGAAGUUUUGCAUUCAUAAUAAUGUUUUUUUUUCUCUGUCUUAUUUUAGUUGUUGGCUGUCCUUGGAAGGCGGGCUUCUCUACGCCUUUGUUGGCCCUGCAGCCGUCAUCGUAUUGGUGGGUACCCUCUUUUAUCCCUGUUCUCAUUGGUCAGUCUGGCUCUCUGUCGGCAGGCUUGUUCUGCCUCUGAAUUUAUCAUCCUCCCAUUAGCUAUUUCUCAUGCCUUUCGUACAGGUCAGAAAGGGGUUAGGACUACACACUGUUUAGAUGGCCCCUGAGGGUUGACAUAAAGUAGCAACCGCUCUAGGUCCUCAUCAGGCUUACAUCACUGGAGGACAGGAGGAAUAUAAACACAACAAAGUGAUUCAUGUAUUUGUUUAUUUGCCACUAGUGGUUUCUUUCAGAGUAACCCGUGUCAGACAACAAUGGAAGAGAAAAUUGACAGAGAAACCAUUCUCCAACGUGCCACUACACAAUUCUACCACCUAGCUGUCUCUUCACAUUCUACCAUGCCACACUGGCAUCACUAUGUUGGGGGCUACAAAACAUUUACCUCUUAAUUUGACUAACUGUGUGCUGGUACUUAGAAGCAUCCUUCAACCUUUUCAACCUGAGUUCACUUCUUUAGACAUAGAUACAGUAUAUUCAUCAGAGUCAAUAUAGCACUAAGAGAACAUUGUAUAGAUAUUUCUGUGCUACGCAACUUCAGUUGUUAUAAUAUAGGUAGAAAGAUGCUCAUUGGAAGCAAGGGUCCUCUUGGUAAUACUUCUAAAACUCCAAGGUACUCCUCUAUAUUUUGUUGAUAGACCUUUAUUAAAACAAUAACAAUAUUGUACUUCACAGAGAGAGAGUGCCAGAGUGAGAAUGCCUCUGUGGCUUUGUUAAUAAAGGAUAGCUCUACUGUAUGGCUCUUUGUAAGAUUAGUGACUGCAGCUUGCGUGAAUCCCUGUGUCAAUACACACUCUAUCAAUUAUCCAGAUGAACACAGACACUGUAUUACAACUGUGUGUGUGUGUGUGUGGGUGGGUGGGUCGGUGUGUGUGUGUAUGUGUGUGUGUGUAUCCCUAACUAGUGUUUUUCCCCGCUCACCUCGUGUUGUGUUCGGGUAGCCCACUCAAACAAACAGAUGUAAUUGAGAUGGGGUACAUCAGAGGAACACAGGCCUCCCCCAGGAUGACCGUCUAAUUAAUGAAGAAAAUAAUUAAUCUAGCCUUCGGCAAAUAACGGGGAUGGAGACCGCCGUCUCCCACGGUAAUGGGACCGGACAUGACAGGAAUGUCAACAGGAAGUAAAGACAGAUUAAAGCAUCGAACAACAUAGAAAACAUGAAAAUCUCAAAUAAAAUAUUGCAGAUUCAUGGUGGAAAAUGAAAGAUCAUUGAAGUGCUCAGUGCCGUAGAGAUAUCGAUUACUAUUGAAAGACAAGAAAAUACAUGUUUCAGAUGUAUCAAUGCAGUAGAAAUGAAGGUUAGAAUGGAAAAACAUUAAAUCAUAAAUAGACGGAGGUCCAGCAGUAAAGAUCACUAAUCUCCUUUCUGAACUCCUUUCUUUUCUCAAGGUGAAUAAACAAGCUUUCUAUGGCAGGCAGUGGGAGUAGACAGACACAAAGAGAGAUGAGGGAUUCAAGUUGGAUUGGUAGGACAAGGUUAGGGUCAAGUGAGAGAGUGAAAGAAAGAGAGAAGGGAGAGAGGGGAGGGAGAGAAGGAGAGAGGGAAAGCAAACGAGAUCAGGAUUAAGAGGGACAUGUCACUGGCGUGGAAAAUCUCCCAGAUGGGCAGGAUUUCCGAAUGGAAAAGUGCAACUUGGCUGGGUGCGUGGGUGUGUGUGUGUGUGUAAUGUGAACCAGUGGGUCAGGGAUCACAGCUGUAAGUAGGCUUAAUAGACCCCUGUCCAGAACAGGACACGGUUGGUACAGAGGAGCGGAGACUCAAGACACAAUCUGCCCACUUCUACUACACCCCCCUGUCCGUUAGUGAUUAUAGUUUGAAGAGCCUUGUCAAGAAACCUGAAUCAAAUGGCAAUAAAACUGGACAUGAAUCUGAUUAUUUACUAUCUCUCUCUCUCUCUCUCUCUCUCUCUCUCUCUCUCUCUCUCUCUCUCUCUCUCUCUCUCUCUCUCUCUCUCUCUCUCUCUCUCUCUCUCUCUCUCUCUCUCUCUCUCUCUCUCUGCUCUCUGGCUCUCUCUCUCUUCAGGUGAACAUGCUGAUUGGUAUUGUGGUCUUCAACAAGCUCAUGUCUCGAGAUGGCAUCUCAGACAAGUCUAAAAAGCAGAGAGCU